UAAUCCUUUCUUAUCAUUUCCUCCAAAUCACUUCCAAAUCUUCUCCUACUACAUUACUAAUAAUAUUAUCUUUAAUUCUCUUAAAUCAUUUGUAAAAAUCAAAACGGAAAAAACAUGUUGUCAACAAAGGUAACAUGCAACUCUCAUGGACAGGAUUCCUCGUAUUUCCUUGGAUGGGAAGAGUACGAGAAGAAUCCCUACGACGAGAUUAAGAAUCCAAAUGGUAUCAUCCAAAUGGGACUAGCCGAGAAUCAACUUUCUUUCGAUCUUCUUGAAUCAUGGCUAGAAAACAAUCCACAACCCGCCGCUUUCAAAAACGACAAUAAUCAAUCCAUCUUUAGAGAACUUGCUCUCUUUCAAGAUUACCAUGGUCUUCCUGCCUUCAAGAAUGCUCUAGUUAGUUUCAUGUCGGAAAUACGCGGAAACACGGUCACUUUCAACCCGAACAACCUUGUACUAACCGCAGGAGCAACCUCUGCCAAUGAAACACUAAUGUUCUGUCUUGCUAAUCCUGGCGAUGCGUUUCUCAUACCAACGCCAUAUUAUCCAGGGUUCGACAGAGAUCUCAAAUGGAGAACUGGAGCCGAAAUAGUACCAAUUCAUUGCUCAAGCUUGAAUGGUUUCAGAAUUACCAAAUCCGCCCUUGAAGAAGCUUACAAACAAGCAGAAAAACAAAACCUUAAAGUCAAGGGUGUUUUGGUCACAAACCCUUCUAACCCAUUAGGAACUUCAUUAAGCUUGCAUGAGCUUGACCUUCUUGUCAACUUUAUUUCUUCAAAAAACAUCCACCUAAUUAGCGACGAAAUUUAUUCCGGUACUGUCUUUAACUCUCCAAGCUUUACUAGCAUCAUGGAAGUCCUAAAAAACCGAAACCUUAUGAACACCGAAAUUUCCAAAAGAGUCCACAUUGUGUAUAGUCUCUCCAAAGAUCUCGGACUCCCUGGUUUCAGAAUUGGAGCAAUUUACUCCAACGAUGAGCUAGUUGUUUCCGCCGCAACAAAAAUGUCAAGUUUUGGUUUAAUCUCGUCACAAACACAACACUUGUUGUCGGAAAUCCUUUCCGACAAAAAGUUUACCAAAACAUAUCUUUCUGAAAACCGAAGACGGUUGAAAGAAAGACAUGAAAUGCUAGUAAAGGGGCUACAAAAAGCCGGAAUUAGAUGUCUUCAAAGUAAUGCCGGUUUAUUUUGUUGGGUAGAUAUGAGACAUGUUUUGAGUUCACAAACUUUCGAAGCCGAAAUGGAGCUUUGGAAAAAGAUCGUUUAUGAAGUCGGGUUGAAUAUCUCACCCGGUUCAUCAUGCCAUUGUAGUGAACCGGGUUGGUUUCGGGUUUGCUUUGCAAAUAUGUCCGAAAAAACCUUAGUUCAUGCCAUGCAACGUGUGACGUCAUUUUUAGAGUCCAUGGUUAAGCCAAAUAGAGAAAUUAGUCGUCAUCAGCAGUUAUUGAACAACAGACAUUCAAGAAGAACCAAGUCACUACCCAAAUGGGUUUUUGAACUAUCGUUUAAUCAAAGCGAAAUCGUCGCAAAUGAACGUUAGUGGAUCGAGUGACGACGAUAAUUCUUCUUAUAAACGUUCAAUGAGGAUGCAGUAUAGUAUACGUCUUAUUGGAUAUACCGUUAGUGAAGUUAUAUAUACAGUUAACUGGUGAACAACAUAUAUACGUUUGAUUAUCUUUUUUUUUUUUUUUAUACCUUUUUUUUCAAUAUAUUUCAUAUAUAUUGAGGUUUUUUCGUA